GCUGCACGCAUCACACACCUCUCUUUGCUUCUCCCUACGUAUCACAGCAAGAGUGGCCCUUAUAUCGACGCUGCUCGGUGUUCGCUCGUGAAAAGCGGGAGUUCACUCCAGUCGGGGAACAACGAUGGCGGCAGUAGGCGAGGGCGAAGAUAACAAGAGGCACCAGAAGUUCGUCCUCCCGGUGGUGAGCUCACCAUCCAACCUUGGUCCAUCAAGCCGGCACCGACUUCCGAGCGAACCUGCCACGCCCCAAGCUCCGGUGCUCGUUCAAGGAAGGGCCGGCGGGCCGGUAGACCGCUACCGCGUUGCGUCUAAAAAGUUGUGUCGCGUGGCGAGCGUAUUUGGGUGGGCGGCUGUCGUCAUCGGGGCGGGCGAGACCGCCCUCGGCGCCGUCGUGUUCAGCAAAUGGCGGCGAGAGGGGGGCUGGUGGGCAGGUGUGCUAGCGGUCAUGCUGGGCAUGGCGGGCACGGGCAUUACCGCCGACACUCCCGUGGGAACUCCACUCGUGACGCGGCUGGUAUGCCUGGGCGUGGCGUCCUUGAUAACGAGCCUCGUCACGGCGCUCGCGCUUGAUGGCGCCAAAUGGCUGAGCAUAAAGGACGUGGAGAUGUGCGCUUCUGACGUCCGUUCCGUGUGUCAAGAGUGCACCUGCUCGAGCUCGAACCUUCUGUGGGAUAUGUGCUUCCCGCCCCUCAACGGGAGCUGCGGCGGGAUCGAAUCUGCCGCCGCGCCGCUGCUCGCGUCCAGCGUCGUCCUCCUCGCCCUGGCACAUGUCUCCGCGGUUCUGCUUGCCAUCGGCAUCAAGGUUAAGUUCCUCGGGGGCGGCGUGGAGGUCGGGGGGGAGCAGGCCCGGCCCGAACCGGCCAAGGCGCCCGGGAAAAGGAGGGCCCCCUACAAGUGCACCGAUGGUGCGGAGCCCCCUACCCCGGCCGACGCGCUGCAGCGGCGGCGGCGGCAGCGGGAGCAGCAGCAGGAGGAGGAUGGAAGGACGCUGGAGGAGGUGGAGGAGGCCGCGGUGCGCGAGGAGGAGAGGAAAGAGAGUGACACUGCUCCUACUGCUAAGAAGGAAAUCCUUACCGGGGCUGAGCCGUGGGCGGUCGGGUACGUGGAUCGGUUGGCGGGGGGGGGCAACAAGAAGCGGCGGGAUGAGCUCAACAGCAAUCCUGGGAAAAAGGGCCAAGGUGACGGCGAGGAUGUCUCCCAGUAGCAGCUUGGUGAUCUCCGUGGGCGGUGGUCACGGCGGCGAUUGCCCUCUCGUGGAACGUUUGGGUGGGCCUUUCCUGACGGCGUUGAGCGGGGGGGUGUAAUCAUAGUCGUCCAUGCCGUAGUCGUUAGGCCAUUGACCUCGCAUCCCUACAAAGCCGGGACGGAGCACGCCGGGUUCUCACCGGACCAGGCUNUCUCGACCCCGCACAACAUGAUCUACUUGACCACCAUUAUGGUUACCGCCAAAAAAAACAGAGGUAAACAAGAAAACGGUAACCUGGUUGCCGAGUUCACGAAGUGAACUGGCUUGUUGUACAACGUCGUUGCCAAGCGGUGAAAACCCAACCCCGAUGGCAAACACGACGGCGUUGGGGGGGGGGGUGAAUAGCACGCCAUGGGUACCACCCUGGUGUAGGGUAGGUGUUCAAAGGUUCACCAUACAGCAGGGAAAUCCCUUACCCAAGACAUGUUGGUGUAGAGCCUUGCGCUUGAUUUACGACGCAUUUUCACUGUCUUGUGGGGCGACUGUACGUUGAAGGACGUCACAGUUGACAGCAUCUUUACGCGAGUAACUUCCGUCGGUCCUGUGGGGUAGGGGGAUGGGGCGUUGUUGAGCCUGUAAGUUACUUGUUUUAUGUUUGUGCCUUGCAAGAGAUCGGCUUGUCGGAUUGACCCUGUACCAGUGUUUGCGCGUUAGUGAGAUUGCGUGUUUCUUCACACGGGAUUAUCGAGUCAAUCAUUCUUCGCGUUCUGAGUUUGCGUGUUUAUUCGCACACACACGGGAGCAUCGGAUCUAUCAUUCCGCACGGCAUGAGGUUGCGUGCACGUUUGCAAAGGAGUUGGCUCACGGGAUUAUGACCAUGGUAUGUUUUUCACGGGUAGUACUACGCCGUGUGUUGUCCGCGGAGAGGUGAUUGUACGUGAUUAUGGAACUUACCGCAUGAUUUUGCGGUGCAGCAAAAUUCUGUGUUUCUUUGUCGGAGAGGUGGAUUUGCGGGAUUUCAACCAGAUUAAAAUAAUGGUGUCAUGCGUCCAUCCGCGAGAAGUUUGGUGUUUUCUCGCGGAGGAAGGAUUGUGUUUUUCCUCCAAAAACAUUGCGGUAGAACCUUGAUCGAUAAAAAAACAGUGGGGAGUGCCGGUGAUGACUGUGUACCGAAAAACGAGAGGAUUUUAGUGCUGGGACGGGAGUGAAAAGAGAUACACGUGCCGUGGUAUAUAUACGUUAGGUACUCACAUCGCGAUGGUUGUCAGGGGAAGUCGGUAAGGGAAAAAAAAUUUUGUUCAUCCCGUCCGUGUGGGACUCAGCACUUGUAGGCGGAGUGCACAUUUCGUUUCGGCUGUUUCGUCGCCAAGCGGCUGUUCACGCAGCACGGGUUGACUUGACUUUUCGCAUGUUGUGACGCAGGUGGGCGAUCCAUCAUCGAUCUUGAUCGUUUCUGGGUACUCCCAAAGCUUGAGCCCUUUGGCAAGCAGCAGCAAGCACGAGUGCGUAGAGCAGGAUUAGCGUAGUGUAUGAAAGCAACGUGAGGGCAUUUCGGAAAUCGCGGUUGUGUCGUUGUAUGCUGUUAGAGUGAGCACAUGCAUGGUGUCCGCUAGCCCCCUCUGGUUUUCACUGACAAUCUGAGGCAUGCAUCCCCGUCUUGGAUGGAAGUACCCCCACCAAUUUGUGUAGCAAGGGUCAGCGCCUUUGGUGGCUUUCGUGGAAGAUUCCAGCCAAAGAUCCCCCCCCCAGACAUGCUUCUGUUCCCGACGCCGCCCUCCGGCGUUAGUUAGCGGCUGCUGGGAGAGAAGCGUCCCCGUCAUGUAGGAACGGCGAUGUGGUCUAGAGGCAGACGAAGUAACACUCUUGUUGCGGCAUAGAGACGCGUGAUGUCGAUCGAGCUGCAGCAAUUCAUUUUGAGUCUGCCGUGUUGGCUGUCGAGUGUGGAUGGAUGUAGACGAAGCGGCGCGUCGCGUCUGCUUUGGCCGUUGGUUGUUCGCGUGAUACAGUAGUGAUGAUUACGAGGAGGAACUCGUGCAUUUUCGAUGCGCCUUCGAUGGAAUCUUGCCGUUGAUGUUGUCGCCCGUCGGGGUGCGUGUGUGUCUGGAAUAACUACCGAAAUAAUUCGGUCGGUCGUAGGUAAUGCCGAGCACGGCUUGCGCAGCGCGUGUUCAAGCGAGCAACAAAGGGUGAGAAGCAUAGGUUUCUGUGGAGGAUGAGAUUUGGGGGCGUCUUUUCGGCCAGCGGAUUGAGUGCACUGACUGGUGGUUGCAUCACCAGGCGGUAAAAUGGACGAACGAAUCUGAUGGGUACUCGUGUUGUUGUGGCCUGUGUGUUUCGUGUUGGUUGGGGUCUGUCUCCGUUCUGCCUGUUGUCGGCGCGGAUAUAUAUCCGUUGGUGACGUCAUGCGGCCUUCAAGUAUCGGGAUUGUGGCAUCAUGUCCUACGGUCUUGUGACCCGAUGCCGUUUUGACGGGUGUUCUUGUGUUGCUUUUGGCUUGUGGGAGUAUCGCCCUAAAAACACGGUCAGAGGGACCGCUAGCAGGGAGGGAGGGAUUCGGUGAACCACGUUUUUGGUGUAACUUCGUGUAAAAAGGUACUGUUGUCGUGUUGCGGAAUUUCCUCUCGGCGUUCAAGAGGCUGCAGAGCAAAUACUGGUAGACUUUAUGGUACAUGUUGCGGUAUUCUUCGUGAGUACUAAAUAAACGUUCGCUGAUUACAUAUACCGUCUGUGUCUCAGUCAAGUGGUCGGCCGCGGCUCCUGUGUGUGAUGGGUCUGAGAGUCGGGCGUCGAGUAGGGAGGGAGUAGAUGUUGCUGUUGGAAGUAGAACAAGCAAACGCGACUAGUCUACAAGUC